UUUCUGCGCAUGUGUGAUGCGAGCAGUGUUUUCAAGAUGUCCGCUUGUACUGUGGUUCUGGCUUGUAUGGUUCGUGGUUUUCAGUGGAUCCCCGUCAUAUUUAUUAACUCUGUGAUCGUUUGGUCCUACUACGCUUAUGUAUUCGUCUUGUGUUUCGAAAAUGUCCAAUCAAACAUCGAGAAAGCUGCUUAUUUGGUGGCAUUUCAUCCAUUCUUCUUCAUGCUUAUAAUUUCUUACUGGCGGACGAUAUUGGCUGACCAAGGAAUAGUGCCAAGUCAGUUUGCUCUAUCUAAAACCGAUAAAGAUCUUGUAGAAAAUGGGGAAAAUGUUCGAGAGGUGUUAACCCGAGUAUCAAAAAAUUUACCAACUGCAACCAGGACAUUAUCAGGUGGUGUUCGGUAUUGUGAUAUUUGUUGCCAUAUCAAGCCAGAUAGAUGUCAUCACUGCUCUAUGUGCCGCAAGUGUAUAUUAAAGAUGGACCAUCAUUGUCCUUGGGUCAAUAACUGUGUUGGCUAUUCUAAUUACAAGUUCUUUCUUCUGUUCCUGUUCUACGCAAUUCUCUACACAUUUUAUGUCACCGGGACAGUUACCAAGUAUUUCAUAGCAUUUUGGAGUAUUCCAAAGUCCAAGUUGGAAGAGCAGGGAAUAAGUCUGCAGAAACACCUCUUGAACUCUCUUGAAGGAGAGGGCAAGCUUCACAUUUUGUUUCUGUUUUUUGUGGCUUUGAUGUUCUGCAUCAGUUUGUGGUCAUUAUUUGGAUACCAUAUUUAUCUGGUCUCUCAAAAUAAGACCACUUUAGAAUCAUUCCGUGUCCCCCACCUGAGAUAUGGACCAAGUAAGGAUGCCUUCCACCUCGGAACCCGACUCAAGAAUGUGGAACAGGUGUUUGGCACAAGCGUAAUUAUGUGGUUCCUUCCAGUUUUUACCAGUCCAGGAGAUGGUGUUAACUUUCCUCUAAAACACUCGCCGGAGUCUGACCGUUUGCUCGAUAACGGUGAUCGAUGGAUGGAGGAGGGUGAUCUCGAGGAGCAGCCGACCACUGUUUGCGAUGGCUCGGCCGAGCUUCGGGAUGUAAACGAGUUAGAGCCGACCGUAGCCGUCACUCAAAAUAUCAAGCCCGACUUGAUAACUACUGUGAGGGAGGUGGAUGAGGGCGCCGACUUGUAGUACACCACGUGACCACCACGGGACCCCAGCCUUGGUUCAAGCUGUCAAAAUAUUAUUUGUCAAUCCAAAAAGACUCAGCAAUAGGUUUUAAAGUAAACUGUUUCAGACAGAGUCGUCUCUGAAAUUGAAAAUAUGUAUAAUUCCAAAUAAUCUGCUUCACGUCAAUGAAUUAGCAUAUUCUUCUAGGAUAUUUUUUUGUAAUUUGUUGCUUUUUGUACGUUUUUUUUUUCUCGCUGUGUGAAUAUGACAGGCCCUUAUUCAGGAUUUAUCUGGGGGGGGGGGGGGUGCGAAAUCCGAAAGAAGUGGACCUAAUUUUUCUUGGAAAAGGAGGGGGGGAGAGGGGACACCACAGUAAUCUAGCUUAUGCUUAAUAGCACGUCUAUUGAGAACCGAAAGUGGACUUUUGGCCGUUGUGGGGGGGAGGGUGCGUUCGCACCCCCCCCCACCCCCCCAUGAGUACGGGCCUGUAUGAACAGUUAACACAGCAAGAAAGUAUUUAUUUUAUGUAGGAGGUGAUAAUUUUUUAUUUUCAUAUUUCAAUAAAAAAAAAAUAAUUGGGAACAGAUACUUUAAAACCAGAGAUUUGGUGGUCGUUUUAAUUUAAAAUGCGUAACUAUGCUUUGACGAAGAGUAAAAAAAAAUGAUGUACUUAUAGUAUUUUGUAAAUAUUUCAGAAUUUUUUUUACAAAUGUCGCUGGCUUAUAAAAAAAACUUAAGGCAGGGUUUACUAGGUAUGUAGGUUAAGAUGUGUAAAUAUCGUGAAAUAUGUAUCAUUUGCAGUGCACAUUCAAUCGUUUUAAAAUAAAGUCCAUGUACAACUGUU